AUGGUUAACCAACCUUCUUCUCACCGUAUGUUCCUUUCUAUAAAAGCUCGUCCAGACAUUUCUCUCUCCCCUGGGCCGAUAUACGCAGAGAGCGGUGGAGAUGUGGUGCUUCCUAAAUGCAGCAUCAUUGAAUAUCCCCCUCCUGUGGUAUUUUGGACUAAACUUUUUGAUGAACUUCCUGGGAAAAAAGCUACAGUCAAAGACCACACCUUGACUAUAACAAAAGCAGACAGGAAGGAUGCAGGGACAUAUAUCUGUACCGCCACAAACGAUAUGGGCACAUCGCACGCCAUGACAACUUUAAUCAUUAAUGUGGUACCGCAGUUUACUAUCAAGCCACCAAAGAAGAUAGAACGUUAUCAUGGACUGUCAGUUACACUGAACUGCUCCGCAGAUGGAACACCAGUACCUACUAUCACGUGGUCACGAUGUAAAGGAAAAAUGCCAGAGGAACGUACACAGGUGAAGGGUGGUCAGCUAAGGAUAAACAGUUUGGCUGCGAAAGACAGUGGUGUUUACACCUGCUCAGCCAGGAGUGGCUUACUUCAGGUGGAGACUGAAGUGCAACUUAUAGUUAAAACUGGUAAGUGGUGUUAAAUCAGAAAUGCUGAGAAGUACAUGAUGUUUAAUCUCAGGUUAAGGCAAAAAAAGUGUCAAUUGAAAAGAAUUUUUUAAUGCUCCAUUGUUUGCUCAUGGGAAAGACGUUUUGGCGUUCGGCUUUCAUUCUGUUUACAAGGAGGGAGGGAAACCUUAGUUAGUGCUAAUAUUGCCAUAGUCGGAAAGGUUACAGACAGUUGAGUGCAUAACCGUAUGAAUUUUCUACACUUUCAAUUGCUAGUGCAACUAUUGGUUUAGAGUUUAAAGGAGCUGUGUCACGACGUUCAGCCAAAUUAGGAAAUUACAAAAUGCCCGUUAAAUUAAGAGAAACAUAACCGCUUAAAACUUAGAAGGAAGGUUAAAAUAACGUAACAGAAACAACAGAUGCCACGGAUGGGAAAAAUUGAAGGAAGAUUGAAACGGAUUGAAAUUAGGAUUUUUGAAAACUGUUCAGCCUAACAGUUUUUCAAAGUUGAUCCCUGCUGCUUGCCACUUUAAAAAUAAUGCUCAGGAGACAUAUUAGUUUGUCUCGUAUCUCUGAUUUUGUCACUUACAUGUAUUUUCUUUGCUUACGUUAAGUUUUAUAUCGAGUGAGGGCGAGUAAUUCGCAAAAUUAAAUAAAAUGAACUGGACUGCCGUGACACAGCCCCUUUAAAACACAAUUCGCGCUCGUAAAUUACACUUAAAGUUAAUUAAAUUGGCCCCGUAUUUGCUAGCAAAAUAUUUUCAAUUCGCCCGGUUUACUUUGCAUUCUUUGUAUUCAUGAUAUGCACUGGGUUUAGUUCCAUUUUAUUUCGUACGUUGUGCAUCAGUGUUAAUUAAAAAGUUAGUUAAUCUCUCUGUGUAUUAAAUCCACACUUGUUUAACUUUUUGCAGCCCGAGACUGUGCUGAACUGUUUUCUGUGGGCUUCAAAGAGAAUGGCGUUUACACAGUGAACCCAAUAAACAAAACCAGUUUUGAGGUGUUCUGUGACAUGAAGACUGAUGGGGGAGGAUGGACAGUCUUUCACAAGCGCGUUGAUGGCUUUGUUGGAUUCUACAGGGGGUGGGAGGAGUACAAAAACGGCUUUGGUGACGUCAGAGGUGAGUUUUGGCUUGGAAACGAGAAGAUUCAUCAACUGACAGAGAUUCCCAGUCAGCUGCGAGUGGAAAUUAAGAAAAGCAACAAUGAAAUUAAGUACGCUAAAUAUAGUAAUUUCACAGUCACUAAUCAGGCCACCAACUAUACGCUGUUUGUUCAGUUUUACUCUGGAACAGCAAAGGACAGACUCGCUUAUCAUAACGGUAUGUCUUUCUCUACCACCGAUCGCGAUAAUGACAAGGACAGUGGUAACUGUGCUAAAACUCGUGCAAGUGCCUGGUGGUACAAGGCUUGUGCUUAUUCAGAUCUUAACGCCCCGUAUGGGCACAGUUAUUAUUAUUGGUAUUGA